GGUCUAAGAUAUGGGGAUUUGUUGGUUCGAGAUGUUCGAGUAUCGACCAAGUGCGCCAACGCACGCUGUAAACGGAUAGACUUCCAUGGUCGCUCAGCGUAUCUAAGGUGAACUUUGCCAGGAGCUUUAAAUAGCGGGUGGCGUGCACUUCUAAUACCUUAACUGAAGCGUUACAUUAUCGCAGGGGCCUGAGCAUUGCUUAAUUAGCUCGCGUGCCUCGCUCACCUCUCUUCCUCUCCAAACGUCCCAUACUCUGCGUGGAUUCAGGACGCAGACAACAUCCACCACCCACCAUGGCGACCCACGAGAAGCCGGUGAUGCCUGCGCACGAUGUCCACACCCCAGAGCACUCGAUGACCGAUAACAAUACGCUGGAUCUUCCCAACUCAUGGAAGUACAAGCGCAUCACCAUCGCUGGGUUCAAGCUCCCAUGGUUCGCCUCACCACCCGUGCAGCUGGUCAUUGUUGCUUUCGUCUGCUUCAUGUGCCCGGGCAUGUUCAAUGCUCUCAAUGGUAUGGGUGGAGGUGGCCAGCUCGAUCCAACCGCCAACAACCGCGCGAACACGGCCCUGUACUCGACCUUUGCUGUUAUCGGCUUCUUUGCUGGAACCUUCACCAACAAGCUCGGUAUCCGCACAGCGCUGUCAUUUGGUGGCAUUGGCUACUCCGUCUAUGUUGCCUCUUACCUAUGCUACAACCAUACGCAGAACCUAGGCUUCACCACUUUUGCGGGUGCGCUCCUUGGUGUGUGCGCUGGUCUGCUGUGGUGCGCCCAGGGAGCUAUUAUGAUGUCCUACCCGCCUGAGGAAUCCAAGGGCCGCUACAUUUCGUGGUUCUGGAUGAUCUUCAACUUGGGCGCCGUAAUUGGUAGUUUGAUCCCUCUUGGUCAAAACAUCCAUACCACAUCCGCCGCGACCGUGAAUGAUGGCACAUAUGUCGGCUUCCUUGUUCUUACUAUUCUCGGCGCCUUUCUCGCCUGGACGCUCGUCGAUGCACGAGAUGUCAUCCGCUCCGAUGGAUCCAAGGUCAUCAUCAUGAAGCACCCUUCAUGGAAGUCUGAAAUCGUUGGGCUGUAUGAGACCUUCUUCACGGACCCCUACAUCAUCCUCCUAUUUCCCAUGUUCCUGGCCAGUAACUGGUUUUACACCUACCACUUUACAGAAGUCAAUGGCGCAUAUUUCAAUACCCGCACCCGUGCUCUAAACGGUGUGUGCUACUACUUGUUCCAAAUCAUUGGGGCCUACAUCUUCGGUUUCGCUCUCGACAUCAAGGGCGUGCGACGAACCACCCGCGCUAAAGUUGCUUGGGGUGCCCUGUUUGCCAUCAUCAUGAUUAUCUGGGGUUUCGGCUAUAUGUUCCAGAAGACUUACGACCGUGCAUGGGCUUCGGACGAAACCCACGAGAAAAAGGAUUGGUCUGACGCUGGCUACGCUGGCCCGUUCGUGCUCUACAUGUUCUACGGCUUCUCUGAUGCCGCGUGGCAGACAUGCGUCUACUGGUUCAUGGGCUCGUUGACCAACAACAGCCGCAAGCUUGCCAACUUUGCUGGGUUCUACAAGGGCAUCCAGUCUGCCGGUAGUGCCAUCACUUGGCGUCUGGACGACUACAAGAUCCCGUACAUGACCAUGUUCGCAUCCAACUGGGGCCUUCUCGCCGGCAGCUUGCUGGUCGCCCUUCCCGUCAUCCUCUGGAAGGUUGAGGACACCGUCCCGAUUGAGAAAGACGUCGCGUUCACUGACGAGACCGUCGCCGAAGUGGCGCCCAAGACCAUUGUCACUAGUGGUCACCAUGACGCCGAGAAGGUUUAGGUUUUGGGUUCAGGAUCUUCAUAAAUGGUAUUAUGUGGGGGAUUUUUAUGAUACUUUUUUCUCUAUGAUACCACAUACUGUCUUUGCGAUUGGUCUUUCACGGUGAUGGACUUGACGGAGUUAUGAUACCUGGUUCUUGGACGCCUCAUGUUGAGGGUCGUUCACUGGAAACUGCGUGAAGAUCCCCUUUUGCUUCUGAUUAGCAUAGCGUGCGAGAUACAUCAAGCGGCAUCUGGCUUAUGUUCAAUAGUACGUCUUCACUUCCACCGAAUGAAUGGUUCAUGUAAUG